UGGUUUGACAUCUCUGGUUACGGUUCUCCGUGUAUUUCAGGCUAUCCAUUCAAAUUCUUACAAAUUAGAUUUAACCCCACUGCCAAAGACAGAUGUGGGCUGUCGCACGGCCGUAGAGGUCUGACGGUGAACAAUAACUGGCAGAGUUGUCACAAACCUCUGACUCGCCAGCUGGAGGCUGUUUGGUAAAUGAUGCUGGCAUUACAUAGCACGUUUCAUUCAUUUUGGCUAACGCUAGCUGUGCAGCAGUGGUCCUGAUUGCUAACGUUAAGUAACUCAGCUACAGUAGAGAGAUAACAUUACAGUGUGUCAACCAUUUAGCUAGUGUAGCUUCUGUUUGUCUACUAAGUGAAAUACGCGAGUGUAGGAAGGUAACCUAGCGUUAACUUUGACUACCUAUUAUGGAUUAUAAAGAUAAAGCGAAGGAAGUAGGUGACUGUCUGCUGAGCUACAAGAGGGAUGAGUCCGGCUGGAAAGUCUGCAAGAAAUCGAAUGACGUGAUUGUGUCUUGGCGUCCCUCAUCUGAGUUCCCUGGGAAUGUUUAUAAGGGGGAGGGGAUUGUCAGUGGCAGCCCGGAGAAAGUGUGGGAGUGUCUGAAACCAGUACCCAAUGGGCUCCGAGUCAAGUGGGACAACAAUGUCAAAAAGUUUGAGCUUUUGGAACAAAUCACAGAGGACAUCUCUGUCUGCCGAACAGUCACGCCGUCAGCAGCUAUGGGUAUCAUAGCUCCACGAGACUUUGUAGAUGUUAUUUUAGUUAAGCAAUACGAAGAUGGCACCAUUUCAUCAAAUGCCACCAAUAUGAGUCACCCGAGCUGUCCUCCCCAGUCCGGCUAUGUGAGAGGAUUCAACCAUCCGUGUGGUUGCAUCUGUGUUCCCAUCUCAGGAGAGCCCAACAAAACCCAGGUUUUCAGCUUCUUCCAGACAGACCUGGGUGGCUUCCUCCCUCGCUCCGUGGUCGACUCGUUCUUCCCCUCCAGCAUGGCUGAGUUUUACAGCAACCUGGCCAAGGCUGUCAAAUCUCUUAAGGACCUUUGACACCAAGAAUUGAAAAACCUGCCUACUGACUGGUCAGGCCUAUUGUUCAUUCCAUUUUAAUAAGUCCAAAUUUAACAGCAGUUAACACACUGAGAUUAUCAAUUGCUUAUUUCAAAUACAUCCAAAUGAAUUUAUGCUUAAUGUACAUUCCUAUACUGUUGUGGUACUGCAGGAGGGAUCCAGUAAAUGUUCAACAGUCAAGCCACUUAUCUGAAGCAGUUUACCCAUUGAGAAGUUCUAAAAUAAGAAUGAGGGCUUGCAUUUGACAAAACCUACAUCUCAAACUUCACCCAUUCCCAUCUUUGGGAUCAAUAAGUUUUCUCCAGUCUAAAUAAUUAGUAGUAGAUGUAGAAUCUAUAUUUGUACCCGUGCUACAGAACAUCUUUACUUUUUACCACUAUGAUGAGACACUAGACAUUUCAUACUUCAGUGUGUAUAGUAAACAUGCAUGUUGCAUGGACCUUAUUUACCCUGCUGGUAUCAGGUUGGUUUGGAAAACUGACUCAUACCUCAUAUUUAGUUGAUUGUGUUCUACUUGUACUGCUAUUUGAUUAUCUCCAACUCACCUGUAAACCAUGAACAUGAAUAUAUGCCUCUUUAAUCAGCUACACUGAAGCACAGGUGGGGUUGCAUAGGUGGCCUUUUCAAACAAAAGCAGUUUUUUUCUUUCUGAACGAAUGCCUUUUGAAUAGGACAUGUUUUGUGCUGCUCUAUUGAGCAGAAAUGUGUCUUUUUGCCCCUUUUUCUAAUGGUAUCAGUUUCUGAAGUACAUUUCCCUUCCUUUUACUUAAUAUAUAGUCCCUGGAAUUCCUAAUGCAGGUUUAAGUCUACAUUCAAAGUAGCUGCCUGCAAUUUAAAAGCUAGAUUCUCAAUGAUUUUUGUGACCAACUGGGCUCACACUGCCACUUUUCCAGUUCAGUUAUUUUCAGUAGCUUAUACCGUAACUGAUGUACUGUAAUACUAAGUACUAGAAUGACGUAAUUUACUAUCACGAAGAUGAUGAAUUGUGGGAAUGCAUAAAUAUAUCCAAUGCAAGGAAUCAAGACUAGAAAAUAGUCUGGGUAAGCUAUAUAUGUUAAAUAUGAUAUAUAGAUAUGCUAGAUGAAUAUAGAUAUGUUAAACUCCAACUAAUGUCACUACAGACAUCCGCAACCUGUGUCCAACAUGGACUGCCAUAAACAAAGUCAAAGUGUGGAUACACACCAUACACACCAUAGUCAACAAAAAUGCAUUAUAUGCAUAAUACAUUCAAUUCAACCUUAAACAUUUUCAAUAACUUGAGGACGAGUUGCUCUGUCUCAGUUCAGAAAUAAUUUAUUUGAUGACUUAAGUUGCUAGUUACUUUACAAAUUAAGAUGUCUGCAUAUGAAAUAUAUGAAGAGCUUAUUAAAUGAUUAUGUUUUAAAUUAACUACCAAUAAUAUAUACAAGCAGAGGUGAAAUUAUUAAUCGAAUAUCGAAUAAUUGAUCCAUUUUUGUGUGUUAAAAAAAAACAAUCAUUGUGAAGGUUUCACUUUGGCUUCUGUAAUUUUGAUUCUCAGAAUUUGUUUGGAUUUUUACAAACAAAACAAACAAUUGUGAAAAUAAUAAGCAGAUAAAUCUACGAGUAUCAUUUUUAAAAUGAUCAAAAAUUAGCUCCACCUCAACAGACUACAGUGGUAAAAUGUUGCUUCACAUUAAAUGUUUCUCUUAAUAAUUUCAGAAAGAAAGUCAACUACUUGAAAAGGCACAAGACUGUACAGUUAAGGCAGUUAACCCUUUGAUGCACAACAUAUUGACACGCCUUCUAAUGCACAACAUGGAUCAAACAUGACCCGCAUUCAUUCCCCAUGUUAUUUAAUGCUGGCUGUGUGUUUCUGUGCUCUAUCUUUUAAUAUUAACUUAUUUAUGAUUGAAUAUUCCAAUUAUUCUUUAAAUAUCUUGUUUUUGACAACAACAGAUCAUUAUUUCCAUUUUGCUUCUCAUACUUUAUGAAGAAAAAAGUUUUUGUAUUAUUACAUAGCUAACUACUUAGCUAAGUAGCUUGCUAAGCUAACUAUUUAGCCAAGAAGUUAGCUAAGUAGUUAGCUUAGCAAGCUACUUAGCCAAAAAGUAAGCUAAGUAUUUAGCUUAGCAAGCUACUUAGCUAAAUACUUAGACAAGAAGUUUGCUAAGUAGUUAGCUUAGCUAAAAAAUGGAUAUGGGUAAUUUUUCCCCCACGUUGUGCAUUAGAAGAGUAGUGACACAAAAAGGGAUUUAAUUAAAAGAUUAAUCAAGGAAAACAUAAAAUUAGGAUGUAUGGUGAUCAAAAACAAACUAUUUGAGGUAAACCUGGAAUACUGAAUGAUGAAAAUAAUUUAUUGCAAAGAUAUAGAACAUAAAAACUCACUUAAGACCCAUGUUGGGCAUCAAAGGCUUAAAUGUGUCACACUGUCUUUUUUUCUUUUGCUUUACAUGUAGGUGAAGUCCAGUUUGUGGUAAGGCCCACUUGCUGUCUAUACAUUGUAGCCAAUGGUAGUUCUGUAUUGGGAAAAGAAAUGGGAAAUGUAUUUGUGGAAACUGUAGUGGGAUUGUACAUAAUGACACUAUUUCCACUUUUCCAAAUCUGGGCAGUUUUGAAUCGCUAUUUAGACCUUUAAGACACAUGUAAUACCUGGACAAAAGUCCAUUUAUUUAUUUCUAAGUUUUCCUGUUAUUCCAUGUAAAGAGUCAUUUUCAGGUUAGACACACCGACACUUCUCUGAACCUGCAUACUAAAGUCAAAGCUUACAGCAAUGAAGAAACACUUGACAGUAUAAAAGUUGCUACUGCAUUAUAUUUACAUAGAUAUUAUACAAAAUAUAAGUUAUUUAGCAUUAGCAUUAUUAUUCAGGUAUUUUAAAAAUAGACUCCUCAAAAGUACUGUACUAAUUUUAAUGCUCAUAGACUGAGAAUCAGGUUGGUUGGCUGAAUAGGGUAAAUUGUUUUACUAGUCUUUGUUUAAGAGUAUCAAGAAUCCUUUUAACAGGUUUGUUGCUUUACCUGUAACAUCGUUUUACCUCACAGUGUCGCCAGUAAUCUCAAUGAAAGACCUCUUAACUGCACCAUGCUGUAUGAUGUUAUUGCUUCCAUGUGCAUCUGGAGGCAUUUCCAUGUGUGUGUUGUUUAAAUGGAGCCUGCACUUCUUUUUUUAUGUGAUUUUUUUCUCAAUGUACAAACAGGUAGCUGCUAAAGUAGAAGAAACAAGGAAUACAAAGUGAAUGAAAACCAGAAAAGUGCAGAUUUCUGGUAUUCAAAGUAAAUAAACACUGAAGAACCUUUUUGACGUCUUGACCCUGUCUCUGCCAGCUAUUAACAUGUAUCUGAGACGUCCAAUGACAGGCCUCUGCAUUUACAAAAAUUAUGAAAAUUUCAAACAAAAGAGAAAAAUAGAAGUUUUCACUUAUUUUUUUCAAAGUGUGAAGUCUAGUGAGUUGGUAUGGAGUUACUCAGGGGUGAUCACAUGUCUUUGUUACAACUUGUUACUGCUGCUCCCCCAGUGGCGAGGCUCACGUGACACACUGAGACAGCUAAAGGCAUCUGCAGGUCACGUACCUAAUGAGCAAACAUCUUUUAUACUGUAGGAAUGUUAUCAAAGCCACCUGAUAACAUUUUUUUCAUGGGAACAUGUGUUGGACCGCAACCAAAAAGCUGCCGAAUCACCAACAGUUUUUUCAUUAGAUUUCUAUCCCUUUCUAAACGUUUGUUAUUUUAUCUAUUCUAUACUCUUAUUGUUUGGCAUUCAUUGUGGACAGCAAUGGAAUAUUUUAAUUGUAUAGGGAUUGACUGUGCAUUUGACAAUAAAUUACUUUGAACUUUGAAACACAUUUUAAGCCAUUCUCAAGUCAUGUUUACUGUUAACUGAACCUGAAUGUUAAGUUUGUAACAACUUUUUAUCAUCAUUGGGAAAAUGUUUUGCUUCAAAAGUUGGCUAAAUAUAUACAGUGGGUACAGAAAGUAUUCAGACCCCCUUAAAUUGUUCACUCUUUGUUUCAUUGUAGCCAUUUGCUAAAAUCAUUUAAGUUCAUUUUUUUUUCUCAUUAAUGUACACUUAGCACCCCAUCUUGACAGAAAAAAACAAAUGUAGAUUUUUUUUAUAUAAAAUAAAGAAUUGACAAAAGUAAAAAGAAAGAAAGAAAAAAACAAAAUUAAAUUUCAAAAUAAUUCUGGUCGCCCCAAACUUCUUCCAUUUAAGGAUUAUGGAGGCCACUGUGCUCUUAGGAACAUUGAGUGCUGAAGAAAUUAUUCUGUAACCUUGCCACAAUUCUGUCUCUGAGCUCUUCAGGCAGUUCCUUCGACCUCAUGAGUCUGAAGCCCCGUUUACACGAAGGGAACACGCAGAUAUUUCCAUGCGGUUUGGCCUCUCAUUUACACGAAAACCCCGUUUUAACACGGAAAACGGUUAUUUCUAAAAACUCCGGGCAAAGUGGAGAAUUUUGAAAACUCCGGUUAUGUGUUGUCGUGUCAACUGGGAGAAACGGGGUUUUAGGAUCUCACGCUCAUUCUAAAUAGUUGUUUUGAAAGGAACAGGAAGUUGCUCGUGUUAUUCGUUGUUGUUGAUUCUGAGGAUUCUGAUUGGCUUGCAUGGCUUUAUCCUUCUCCCUACACUGCCGCCCAUAGGUUUGGCAUAGUUAUAAUGGCGCUCUAAGGCGUAUUUAUGCAGGUUGAUGUAAAUUACAACUUUUUUGAGAACGGAGGGGGGAAAUAUUUGUUUCUCUAAAUACCCUGCUAUGUAUAAAUGUGGCCUCUUUUGCUCUGACAUGCACUGUGAGCUGUAAGGUCUUAUAUAGACAGGUGUGUGCCUUUCCUAAUCAAGUCCAAUCAGUUUAAUUAAACACAGCUGGACUCCAAUGAAGGAGUAGAAGCAUCUCAAGGAGUAUCAGAAGAAAUGGACAGCAUGAGAGUUAAAUAUACGAGUGUCACAGCAAAGGGUCUGAAUAAUGGCUGCAACUAACGAUUAUUUAAACGAUUAAUCGAUUAGCUGUUUGGUCAAUAAAAUGUUGAAACAUAUCAAUGAGUGUUUCCCAAACCACAAGAUGACGUCCUCAAAUCUCUUGUUUUGUCCACAAACCAAAGAGAUAUUCAGUUUAUUGUCAUAAAGGCACAAAGAAACCAGAAAUAUUCACAUUGAAGAAGCUGAAAUCAGAGAAUUUGGACUUAUUGUCUUUAAAAAACUGCUCAAACCAAUUAUUCGAUUAUCAAAAUAGUUGACGAUUAAUUUAAUAGUCGAUUAUUGUUCGAUUAAUUGUUGCAGCUCCAGUCUGAAUACUUAUAACCAUGUGAUAUUUCAUUUUUUCUUUUUUAAUACAUGUGCAAAAAUUUCUAAAUUUCUGUUUUUUUCUGUCAAUAUGGGGUGCUGAGUGUACAUUAUUGAGAAAAAAAUGAACUUAAGUGAUUUUAUCAAAUGGCUGCAAUGAAACAAAGAGUGGAAAAUUGAAGGGGGUCUGAAUACUGUCUAUACCCACUGUAUAUAUAUGUAUAUUGGAAGCAUGUUCAAUGUUUAUUGCUUGUAUUUUAACUUGGCCGGGACUCGAUUAAAAAAAAUAAUCGAAUUAAUUAGAGGCUUAGUAGGUAGGUAGACCUUCUGUAAACUAGAAUGCUUUGGUUUUUGAAGUAAAACACAAUCCAUGCUAGCUACCACACUAGCCGCUAGCUGCUAUAUGUUUUGCAUUGAGGUGAUACUUGAGGCUGGAUGUGCUGCGGUGAUAUGUGAAUUCCUUGUUGCAUAGCAACACAACCAUGCUCUUAUCGACGCUUCCAUCCGUUGGUUUUUUGUAACAAAAUGUCCCAUCAUCCACGGGGCCAACCAAAGCGCUCUCAUCAGCUUCUUCCUUCAUGUUCACUGUGGUUUGUUGUUGUCUGAACUCAUGAACGCUAGUUGGUGCUCCAGUAUAAUCGGUCCGCCUGAAACUCAUCCAGUGAGAAACGUUCCACGGUGCAAAAAUAAGUGCAUUUAAAAUGCCUCAAUUUUUUUAACACGUUAAUUUUUAUGUAAUCAAUUCAUCUUAAUUAACGCGUUAAAGUCCCGGCCCUAGUUUCAACUUAUUUUUACAAAAUAAAGUGUCUAAUCAGUUACACUGGAAGCAGUGAACAUUAAACAUGCUUGUGAUUUGUUAACUGGUGCAGCAACAUGCGAUUCAGCAUUGAUUUUUCUGACCUCAGUGAACCAACAAGUAGCACACUGUGUCCAGAACAACGAGGUGGUCAAAGAGCAUGUAUACUAUGACAGAACCAGUCCCAGUUAAACUCUAGAUAGUUGUAGAUUGUGACUGUGAUGGUCUUUUUUGAUCACUAAUGAGACCAAAUACCCAGAGUAAAUUUUGUGUUCUGUGAUUAAGAUCCAGGUACCAAUCCAAAGUCUCCUAUCGUGCAUGGUUUUGUUUCAGUUCAGACAUCGUCUCCUGUGUUACACUAGUUGCAGGUUGUCCUGAGAAUGCACCGUAUUGGUUAAUUUAAUGUCAGAACAGAAUAUAUGUAAAAUGAUGUUUAUAAUUUAUUCCUUUUACUGACAGCGACUGCUGCUACUCUUGAUAUUUUUACAUGAGUUUACAUGUCUAGUCAAAUCACAUGAAACUGUUUAUCAUGUACUGGUCUGCACCCUGUUAGUUUUGUAUUUCACCAGCAUUAAAAUGAUUAAUAAGAA